AUGAGCUCUGUUGCACUGAAACUGACCACGUUGCUGGUGCGGCAGAUCGCCAAGCCCAUCGCCAACACGCUGAAGCACGAAGCAAAGAACCACAAGGGGUUCAAGGUGGUCUGUGUGCGUGUUGCACAGUAUUUCCAUUUUCUCGACGAAAGACUGAAAUCAUCGCUUUUGCGCAGUAAAGCUCGCCCGGUUCGUCCGCUCAACGAGGCAAAAGCCAUCCAGAAUGGAGCAGAAAUCUUAUCAGAAACGUUUAUAUUCAGCGUUGCUGCAGGAGCACUUCUCUACGAAUCAAAUAGACAACGAGUUAAAGAGAAUAAUAGAAAGGACGCAAUGGAGGAGGACGUUAGACGAUUGGAGGAAGAGAUCUCGGAGCUGAGAGAGGUGGUGAAAAAGAUGGGUGGCGGAAAGCUUGUGGCAGAAAUUGAACUGCAGAACAACAAUCCAGAGAUUGUCGUCGCUGUGCCCAAAGGCAACCCGGCCAACUUGGUGGGGGAAAUUAAGAGAGAGAAACAGAUUCUAAGAGAGGAAGAACUGCACCGGCAACGGGAGGUAGAGAAGGAAAAGGGAGCGAUAGAUAAGAAAUCCGAUCAUAAGUGA